UGAGCGGGGCGCGCCGCGGCCAAUGGGCGCCCGGGGCGGGGCACGGCGGCGGCCGGGGCGCUCCGGGGCCGGGAUGCUGCUUCACCUGCUGCCCGAGUUUGAUCUGCGGAGGGAUGUGGUUCCCUGGCUGGCGGCGCGGGGCUGGGCCGCCGCUCUAGAUACUUCUGAGAAUUCUUCAGUGCUCUACAUUGUAAAUGUUGAAAGAAAUGGAAAAAUUAUUUAUACCUGGAAGGGAAAUCAAAGAAAUACUCACAUUGGAUUAUACGAUCUUCAAACGAAACAAAAUGAGCACCUCUAUAUGUUUGAGAGAGAUCUACGUAUAAUCAGCUGUUCGGUCAACAAUGAAAGGACGUUGCUGGCGGUCAGCUUCCAUCAAUAUACAGAGGAAGAAAGAGUAAGUCAGCUAUUACAGUCAGUAUCCAAGUAUUUAACCUUGCUAAUUGAAAUUCAUCCCAUUAAUAAUGUGAGAGUCCUGAAGGCUGUGGAUAGCUGUGUUCGAGUACAGUUUCUUUAUCCACUUGAAGGCAGAAGUACUAUGGAAAGUCACCUCUUGGUAGUUUCAGAAGAUAAAUAUAUUGAACAAUUUGACAUUCAUGUUGUUGCAGAAGAAGAACACAAAGUGGUGAUUCAAAACUCAGGUCAGAUUCCAAAAGCCAGAGUUGCAGAUGAUCUUGUCUGGGCACAAUGGGAUAUGAUGGAACAAAGACUCUUCUACAUUGUUCCAAAGGAAUCGAGGAGCACUUUAAAAUGUGUCCAGUUCUAUCCUGAUGAGAAUUCUAACUCAAUACUGGAAUCAAACCUGGACAUGUCUCUAAAUGACACACAAUUAAAACUUGUGAAUUUUGGAUAUGAUUAUUGUCAAGACCAAGAUGUUGCAUCUAAAUCUUUGAAUCUUCAGGUUUUUACAAGUAAAGCAGGAGGUUUGUGUGUGUGUUGUAGUCUGGCCUCUGAUAUUCCUGAUGAAAUAACAUACUCCGUAUAUUUUUUACAUAAAGGUUACAGCAAAACUUUUACAGUUUCUCUAGAAAGAAGAGAAUCCCAUCAAUUGAAGGAAGUGGCUUUUAUGAGUCUUGACUAUUAUGUGGCUGCCUAUUUGCCUGGCCAGUUCCUGCACCUCCUGAAUAUUCAGCAUCCUGACCUCCUGUGCUACAGUUUGUUUCUGACAGGUGAGGAUGCAAGAAUUGACAUGUUGCAAAACUGCUCCACCCAAUCCCCACGCGUGUCAACAGUCUUGGAUUGCUGCGUGGGAAGUAUGUAUGCUGUAAGCAUCAGUGACAGCGCCUUAUUGCAGUUCCUAUGGAACAGCAAACAAGACAGCGAGAGACUGGCAGCUCUACAUUGUGCUCUCUUGUACUUCCGAUGCACAGGAGACUUGGAAAUGCAGAUUAUUUGGUGGAUUUCUAAGAACCUGUCAACAUGUCAUUCUUUUGACCCCAUUCAAGAAUUUAUCAUUGCGUCCCUGUACUGCAGAAUGUGUCCAGAAACUCCCAACCUGGAUAAACUUUUGCCCUACACAUCACUGCUUGACUGGAUUGGGAUUAUCCGUGGAGUCACAUGUGCAACAGACAUUAUUUCUCUACCUGUGUUAGAGUUCCAGAACUCCAAAGGCUUCUGGGAGAAACUCAACUCAAACUUGGAGAGUGUGAAGUAUGCAGAGCCACACUUGCAUUACCACAAUAAUGUGCUCAGAAGGGAAUGGCGUAACCUUUCAGAACAGAUAGAGGAGAGAACCACCACAGCCUAUUUGAGGAAUGUUUUUGAAAAUGCCAGAAAGGUGCUUUCUCAUCUGGACACUUUGGACUCCGAGGAAAGGUUAGUACCUCUCUUUCAAGAGGAAGAUUAUCAGCAGCAAUUACUAAUGGGACUGAUGGUUGCUCAGCUGAAGGAUCACCUUAUGAGACAUCUACAGUAUGUAGGAAAAAAGAAGAUUGACCAAAUAGUUUUGGAUUACGUUGCAAACCUGCUCAAUCUGGUACAUCGAAUAAUGAAAGAAGUUUGGAGGAGAUACCAGCUUCAUUCCUGCAUCCUCUGCUUUGAUGAGAGAGGAAGUGCAGGAGAGUUUGCAGUGUUCCAUGUCAUGAGUCGGAUUCUGGAAGCUGCAAAUGGCAUGUGCAUGCCAUUACCUCCUGGUUUCCACACUCUGCACUUGGGACUUGGUGUUCGAUGUCUCCCUCUGCACACCCUCCUGCACUAUAUCGAUAUUGGAGUCUUGCAUUUGACAGAAACGUGUGUCAGGAAAUUGCUGAAAGAUCUGGACGACACUGAAAAGAAUGAAAAGCUGAAGCUCAGUAUUGUCAUGAGGCUUCCUGAGGCUCUUGGUCUAAAGGUCCGCCAGUUUUGGAAUCAUCCAAUAAAUGCCAAUUUAAUUGCACAGAAAUAUGUGAAACUGUUGCUUGAGAAGCUGGAGAAGAGACAGUGUAGCAGGCCUCUCCCUGAGAGACUCUCGGUCCCUAUGGAGUUUUUGCCACUUAACUACCUGACUAAUAUGCUGGCAGAGAUAGAGAAUCAAGGUGGGCAUCCAUAUGAAAAACGAGACCAUGUGAAUGUAAGAUUUGUAGAGGAAACAGCACUCAAACACACUAUGAUGCUUUUGGGCCUCAAAUAUUCCUGAAAUAACCUGCUGAUGAAGAAAGUGAACUGUGGUGCUCUUGGAUAAAAGCAUUUGUGCAGAAGUGUGCAACCAGCUUUUCUUGUGUGUUUGUUUUAAAUGUCCUAAUAAUCUGCAGUUUUGUGUACUGACCAUUACUGACAUAAGCUACUCAAAAUAUUGUUUGGUGCAAGGUAUUAAAGCCAAAAUCACUGACUUCUAGAUAAAACCUUGAGAAAUUUGUCUGACACAAACCUGGAAAGAUAUCUGUGGCUUCACUGUUUCAUGUUGAAUUGGUAAAUAAGUGGAACUGCAUCACGUAUCAAAACAUGCUGUGAAAAUUGGUAUUAAUGUUGACUAUUUUAAUCAGAUGGACAAUCCUGAAACAGGUAGACCAGUUGCAUUGUACAGUAAUGAGAAACCAGUAAAUGUUUUCUCAUUUUCUUGGUGUGUUUUCAUAAAGCAAAUGAGAAGAAGAAAUAAUGAAUCAGUGUCUGAAUACAAUGCAAUAGUAGCUGGGUGUUUGUUCCUUUCGGUGGCCAUGUGUUAUCGUACAGCACUUCUGCCUUUGGAGUUGGAGUCUAAUACAUUCAGUUUUGUAAUUGGCACAAAAAUUCAUCUUCCUAAAGUGCAUGUGAUGGGGUUGUGUUGUGGUUUUUUUUUUUUUAAGAUAUGUAUAAUAUUGUAAGCAAUACAGAAUAAGAAAAAAGCUCUUUAGAAAUUUACCUUAACGUUGGCUUGGACAGAGUUUUUUACUGGAGUAUUUCCUUACAGCUUCUAGUGCUACAGUUUAAACCUCAGCUUCAAAACAAAGUGAUGGAGAUUGCUUUUCUUUCCUUUUUUUUAGCUUUUCUUUAUAUAUAACCGAACCAGUACUUCUGUUUGUUUGGUUUGUUUGGUUUUUUAUGUUCUGAACUGUGACAAUAAUUUAUCAUGGCAAUAGUGGUCCGCUAUGCAGAGCAAAUCUUAAGUUCUGACAUGUAGGAUUUCUGCAGUCUUUAUGGAUUUAAAGACAUCUCUAUCAAAGUUCCAGAUUAUUAAACUGGUAAAAUCAUUGACAAUUUGAUAGAUUUUGGAGGUUUCAAUAACUACUUCUGAUUUUCUCUCUGAGCACUUUCCACUGAUGCUUCCUGUUCCUAACCAAUGGAAUUAAAAGAUCCAGUUCUUAGGAGCGGCAUGGCAGGUUCAUAGUCGUUCCCUUGCCAUUGCCAUCAGCAAAACAAGAGCUGUAGCUUCCUCAGUAACUGCGUACAGGGAAGGAAUAUUUUUCUCAAUAUAAUUAAAAUGUGUCUGGCAAGCAUGAACUCCAGGGCCAGAGUGCAAAAAGUGAUGUCAGUGCGCUUGUGUAAGCACUGGGGGACUUUGUUUGUAUUAUAUUAAUAACGAGAGAUUUUCUAGACUUUUCUUUGUAAUAAGAUGUAUUAGAAAAUAUAAUCAGAUGCAAUAA